AUGUCAAUACUCACCUUUUGCCAGAUCCAAUGCGACAACCGUUACUGCAAAUUUAGUUCGAUUCAUCCAAGCACGUUUGGGUCCUUAGAAUAUAGAGGGGGGGGGCAUGUAUUGCCGGAUCAGCGCUUGGGAGAAGGCGCGUGUCGAGGAAGCACGAAGCAAAACUCACAGUAA